AAUGUCCAAGAAGCCUUUAAACAUCCCUGUGGUAAAUGGGCAGCCACAGAAGACGGAAGUGGAAAAUGGACACCCCAAUUUGAUGCCACCCACUCUUAGCACCUCUAGCGUGGAGGAGAUGGUCCAGCAAAUGAAAGAACUCAUAACGGAGAACAAUGAGCUUAAAGAAGCCAUGAGGCAGCGGAAUCAGGCCAUGAAGGACCGCUUUGAGGAGCUGUCCGCUUGGAAGGAGAAGUUGAAAGAAGAGCGGGAAUUUUACGAAUCGAAAUUCAAAGAUGCCCGGCAGUGUUUGGCAGCCAAGUGUCUGGAGAAUGAAAGUCUCCACCAGAAACUCCAAAGCCUGGGAGAAAAAGAAGGAAGGAUCAACCAGGAGAGCCCCGUUCCCAGGAAGGAGGCGGCCCAAGAAGUCGAGCAACUGAGGGCCCAGGUGGCGAAGCUGCAGGCCGAAAAGGCGGAUCUGGUGGCCAUCAUUUCCGAGCUGCAGCUGAAGCUCAAUGCGGCCGCAGCCGAGGACUCCUUUGUGGAGAUCAGGAUGCACGAGGGAGAACCGGAAGGGGCCCUGAAAGAACCUCAGCAGGUGGAUGUCAAAAGAAUAAACGAGAGCGCGGCUCUGUACGUCCGGACUAAAUCUAUGGACGACGCCAAGAAAUACUUGGAAAAAGAAGAAUUAACCGUCAGCCAGCUUCUGCAUUCUCUUAGAACCGAGACUCAGAAGAGGGAAGCCCUGGAAAAUAAGAUGCAGGAACUGAGGGAUAAGCUGUUGAGUCUGAAAAAGAAAACAGAUGAGAAAGGCACUCAAACAGAACAAGAAGCCAAGAAGAAAGAAGAGAGAAGUGAAAGUGUGGGCAGUGAAGUGGAAACACUAAACCUGCAAGUAUCGGCCCUCUUCAGAGAGCUGCAGGAGACCCACGCCAAGUUAAAAGAAGCAGACGUAAUUCAGAAAAAGCUGCAUGAAAGGUGUCAGAUUCUUGAGAGGGAACACUCUGUCAGGGUUGGAGACCUGGAUGAGAAGCAGCAGUUGUUGUACACCAUUAAGAAGUUGGAGCUGCAAGUGGAGAGCAUGCAGUCGGAAAUCAAGCUGGAGCAGGCUAAAACCAACGACGAGAAAGCCAAGUUCAGCAGCCUCCAGGAUGCGAACGGCAAGCUUGUAAAGGAACUGACCGAGGCUUUGCAAACCGUUGAAGAAUUAAAAGGCAAAGAGGCGCAAAGGAUAGACCAGGCAACCUUAGACGAAUUAAUUCACAAACUGGAUCUUGCCGAAAAGGCACUGGCUGCCAAGCAGUUGCAGAUCGACAAAAUGAAGCAGACUCUUACGAAGCAAGAAGAAGAGCUUGAGACUGUGGCUGUCCUGCGAGCUCAGAUGGAGGUCUACUACUCGGAUUUCCAUGCAGAAAGAGCCGCGCGGGAGAAGAUCCAUGAGGAAAAAGAGCAAUUAGCCACACAGUUGGCGUACUUCUUGGCUGAGAAAGAAGACCGUGGAGAUCUUGGCAGGUGCUCCUUGGCAGAAAUGCAAACCCGUCACGGAACCAGGCUGCCAUCAGAUCAAGGAGCAGAAGACCAGAAUCACCAACAGCAGUCAAGGGAUAUUCCUAUACAUUCUUGUCCAAAAUGUGGAAUAAUUCUUCCAGAUAUAGAUACACUUCAGAUUCAUGUUAUGGACUGUAUCACCUAAACAAUGUUUUCAGAAAUGCUUGGAAACAAAACCUGCACUUUGUAAGAAAAUAGCUCCAUUUUCACCUUUGUUAGAAAGCAUUUGGAACCUUAGUGGCUUCUUCCUAAGGCUUAGGGUUUAGUUAUGCAUUCAAAAUUUACCUUACAAAAACUAUGAUAUACAUCAUUAUGAUCAGUUUCCAAUUAGCUGAAGAUAAAUGUGUCAAUUGCAUAAUCAGUAGGAACCAACGCAUUUUCAAGACAAGAAGGUAGAGAUUAUUUAAUGCAGCCAUUCAGUAGGAGCAUCUGCUCAUUUUGAAGUCUUACAGGCAGCUUCAAAGUUGCAUAUUUCUAUUUAUCCCAUAUUUUAAAAGGGUGCAGAACAUUUUGAGGUUGAACCCUUUCUGUCGCUGUUUUGAUCAGAAUGAUUCGUUUUAUAGUCAGACCGCAUCCACUAAACUCAUGGUGAAAUGAGAGCAGGACUUUAAAGGAUUUAAACAUCUCACCUUCAGUUUUUUUGUGUUUGUGUCUGGCUCUCUGUGUGGUACACAGAUGGAUGAAAGAGUCAGGUACGUUUAAUCACAAGAAAUACAUGAUGAAGGCCAUUAACAAACAGGUAAAAACAAACGUGUUUAUCGCAAAUCGAGAAAACAUUCACACUUGGAUGUAUGUAAUUGUCGAAAACUGUUGUUGUUAAUGUGGCAUAGCUGUAAAUGAAGAAAAAAAAGCAAGAGCAAUAAUCCAUGCUGAUUUUUUUUAUUUGUGCUUUUGAUUCCUGUUUAGUGAUUAUUUCAACAUGCAUCAAACAAAACACAAAUUAUUUGACUGAUUAAAUAGUGCGGGAGUCACUAGUGGUAUAAUUUAAUACAUGUUUUAAAUGUUUAUGUUCAAGCUUCAUUUGUACCACUUAUUGUUCCACAAGUACCUUACUAAUGUAAAGUUUACAACAAAGCUAGGCAACCAUUGAAGAAAAAUAUAUGUCUACAUCGCUGACCUUAGUUUUUACAGACGGUGAGCGGCCUUGUUUUAGCUAAAUGAAGAUUAGGUUGAUUAACUGCCCAAUAAUACUUUGUUGCCCUCUUUUGAUCCCUAUGUUUGAAAUUUCUUUUUAAAGAAUCAUCUGGAUGUUAUACUUGAAAAAAAUAAAAGACUUAAUGGCACAAGUGAUAAACGAAUUGUAUUAAUGAAAGAAAAAAAUAAAGCCAUAUUCUGAAAUA